AUGUGCACUCAUCUAAAUUUUUCUCACAACAACAAUGUAAUGAUGUAUUUGAAAUUACGAGAAGAGGGGUGUGAAAAGGAUACUGCCAGGAAAUUUUGUCGCAAAUAGUUUUGCAAAAUCGAUCAAACACAAUAAAAUAUUGGACCUCCGGGACAUAAAAUACUUAAAAUACAACCAGAUCGAUUGCUUGGUCAAAAAGGAUGGUAACCAGGUUUUCUGAUGAAAUUUGAUUUGGGUGUUGGUUAUAAAGAAUCUGCUGAUCUCAAUGAAAAAUUUACUCCAGCUGAAUUAGCCAUACUAAAACAAUACAAAUAAUACGAAAAGAAAAAGAACGCUGCACUUCUACAAAAAAUGCUUGCAGUUAAAAGUUAUGCUGACUCACUCAGACCUCCAACAUUAGAUGUCUUUAGCAAAAGUUACUUACAAAGAGUUAAAUAAAUCUCUUAAGAGUUAAGAGAAGGCUAAGCAAAAGCAAAAAAAUAUUUUGAAUUCGGAGAUAUGAAGUUUUAUGCUCUUGUUGACUACAUUAAUAGAUUUGGUUAGAAUAAGGAUUCAAUAAAUCUUAAAUUCGAUCCAAUCUUAAUGGAAGACAUAAAGUUUUAAACUGAGAACACUUAAAAAGUAAAUACUGCUAGGGUGUUCCGCAGAAUGGGAACAAUAAGUAACAUAGAAAAAGAAGCCAAUUUUAUUAUGGCUUUGUCAUAAUAAGCUCCUGUAGGAGACAAUAUAGAAAAAGCAAAAUAAAAGCCUGAAGUAGUUUCACUUUUGAAACUUAAUCAUCAAAAAAUCGAUCUUGCAGAAGAAUUCAAUUCUACCUAGUAUUUAUUUACUCCAACCAACUCUUAAACUUUACAACCAUCCCGUAUAAAUGAUGAUGCUAUGAAAUCAUUUGUAAAACAGUUUUACUAAAAAUAAUUUGAUGACAAAUUGAAUUCUUUAACCACUUAUAAUAGAAAUAUUAGAGUUAGAACUUAGGCUAAUAGUGAAUUUAAAAAGAUAUCAAGAUAGCCAUCUAAUAAAGUUAAGACUUCAAGUCUAUGA